AUGCUCCUGAACGAUUCGGUACGAGUCCAGUACGCUCGCGAGGCCUACCAGAACAGCAGCGUGUCUACGUCCUCCACUAUGCAUCAGUGGCUAACAAACUCGUCGCAUCGUCGGUUUCCAUGGUCUUGGCGGGGUGGCUUUCUGAGCAGCGAACCUCGGCUGUCUUAUCCAUACCGGCGGCUCGAAAUACCGCCGGCUACGUUCAGCCUGAACGUCUACAACGACACGACGACCGGCGCCCUGCAGAUCGCCAGGAUUGGGCCUCGGAUUUACAGCCGUCUCUUUGAUGUGCUGCAUUCGUGGACGCUCGCGUACGACCAGGGACGCAGGCACCAGCGCAAGUUUGUGCGAAGUUUCGCCAGUGCGCGCAGCUGCCUCGCACAGGAUUACGACCGCAUGUCGUGGCUACGCAAGACCCCGAGCCCUGGCAAUGGGAGCUGGCCUCUGCAAGAUCUGUGGGAUGGGCUGGCCGUACCACUAGCGUACGAAGCGUUCCUCCUUUAUUUGCGUAAGACAAACACAGCGCUGCGCAUGGGCGCCAGCAAGAGGGACUUUCUGGAUGCGCCACGCCUCUUCUUUGUGUACUACGCUUCCAGUCUCUGUGAAAACGUAACGCCCAGGCUGGUGCGCUGGAACGCCGCCAACGGGCUCAAGAGCCCGGCCUGGUUCCGCGUCAACGGGCCACUGCGCAACACGCCGCAGUUUGCCGAAGCUUUCCGCUGCAGGGCAAAGACUUUCAUGAACCCUGCGCGAAAGUGUCUCCCAUCUGGCCUGAACUAG